UUUGUCCACUUAUUAUUUUUUUAUAAAUAAAUGUAUAAACUACCCCUUUUUCCCUUCUCUCUCUAUCCUCUGUUCUUGCAGGGCAGGACAGAGGAAUUUGAAUUAAAAACUCUUGCUAACUCUUUUUUUGUUUCUCUUUUUUUUUUUCUUACUAUACAUUUUUCUGACCUCUCCUGGAAAUCAGAGGCCAAGGAAACUUACUUAAUAUUGCAUAUUAUAUUUUCUGAAAGUUAUACAUGAUAAUUGGUUCAUUGUCUGGAGAGCAUCCAAGUAUUUCUUUAUAAUAAGGCCAUGGAAGGAGAUAAUAAAACCGAAAAUGGAGAAAGAGAAAAGGAAGACGAGGCCAAAACAGUUAGAAAAGACGAAAACGAAGAACAGCCCUCACCAAGAGGCGUGCUGGAGGUCCGGGCCUCGUGUUCGGGCUCGGGCUCGGAUUCGGAUCAGGUAAGCAUGAGCCCGGCUGGCGCCCAUCUGGCUGGAGGUGACGUGGCAAUUAACUACGGGAAUUUGCAGUGGAAGAAGAUGUUCGGGCAGGUGAAGAAAACGUCGUCGUCAGCGUGGAAGUUCUCGACCAUGUCUCUGCUGCUGACGGGGCACGACCUGUCCAAGUCAUCAAAGAAGAUGUGGCGGAAUAAAAAGGCGGGAAGGGGCCGCAGUAGUAGUGCUACUCUGGAUGAGCUGGCAGGGGACGACAGGGAGUUUGUAGUGCCUAAGCCGUCUUGGAGGAAUUUUACUUAUCAGGAGCUCAAACAAGCAACCGAUGAUUUUAACUCCGUAGGCAAUGAAACCUUGGUAUUUUUGCCUUUUGAAACUAUUUUUAUUCCAACUGUCCCACCAGAUAAGUUGAUCGGCAAAGGGGGACAUGCAGAAGUGUACAAAGGAUACUUACCGGACGGCCAAGUGGUAGCCGUAAAGAAAAUAAAAAAGGAAAACAAAAAAGACGAAGAUAGAGUCGGUGACUUUUUAGCCGAACUCGGGAUUAUAGCCCACAUUGACCACCCAAACACAGCUAAACUCGUCGGCUUUAGUGCCGAUAACGGCUUUCACCUCGUCCUCCAGUUUUCUCCGCACGGAAGUCUUGCCACUGUACUUCACGGUUGUACCGAGUGUUUAGAGUGGAAAAUACGGUAUAAGGUUGCAGUUGGAAUUGCCGAGGGACUUCAGUAUCUGCACUGCAAUUGCCAAAGACGAAUUAUUCACAGAGAUAUAACCGCCUCAAACAUAUUACUCUCGGCAGAUUCUGAACCCGAGAUAUCAGAUUUUGGGCUAGCAAAAUGGCUACCUGAGGAUUGGGGCCAUCUUGUUGUCUCUCCAAUUGAAGGCACUUUUGGGUACUUAGCUCCGGAAUAUUUCAUGCAUGGGAUGGUAAACGAGAAAACCGACGUGUUUGCUUUUGGGGUUCUCUUACUCGAGCUCAUAACCGGCCGCCGGGCAGUCGACUCAAGCAGUCAAAGCCUCGUGAUGUGGGCAAAACCACUUCUCGACAAGAACAACGUGAAAGAAAUAGCGGACCCUCGGUUAGGGGAAUCUUACGACUCUGCAGAAAUGAGACGCACAAUGUUGACAGCCUCAGCUUGCAUUCACCACUCGCCCGACCCACGGCCAAACAUGAAACGGGUCGUGCAGCUUCUGAAAGGGGAAAGCGAAGGAUUAGCGGACAUGAAGCAAAAAUCGAUGGGCAGCCGCUCAUUCCUCUUGGAUGCAUUCGAGUUGGAAGAGUAUAAUAGCACGGCUUACCUUAAGGACUUAAAUCGUCACAUGGAGCUCGUCAUGGAGUGAAAAACAUACAUUUGAUAAAAAAAAUCCAUUUUUUUUUGUAGUAAUUUUGCUAGCAUUCAUUGUUGUGUACAUUAUUUUAGCUGUGCCUGCUGUUUGAUUAUCAGAGGUUUCGGAAGAGUGUUACUUUACUAUAGAUCGAUGAGAAGUUAGAAGAGCCUGAGUAUUUUAGCUAUUUAUGUAAGCCAAUAUAUAUUUUAUAGCCAUCUUGUAAAUAUAUGUUUGUUUACUUGGAGCUUAGCCAACUUCUUCUGUAGCCAAUUUUGUACAAAACUAUCUGUUAUUCAAAUCAGAGAAAAAUGCUCAUUUUGAAUCUCCA